CUCAUUCGUGAGUAGUAUUUAUGAAUUAUGAAUUUAUGAUUGUGUUGUGUCUAGUGGUGCAUAGCAGCGUAAGCCAGAAAGACAAGAGGUGUCACUCCACCGGAGCAAAGGAACACAUAACAUAACCCACUUCUCCUUUUCUCUCUCUCUCUCUCUCACUAUAGGGUUUCUGUUAGGGUUCCGCUCUGUUAAGCCAAGCUGGAUAGACACAGAGGAGAACGUUACAACAACAACAAUGAUUUUCACAACAACAAUAAUAACUAUCGUCACUCCAACAGGGGGGGCAACAACUCUCACUCGCGCUUCUCUGAUUCUCCCAUGAGCUACCACAACGCGCGCCAGAGCCCCGGGGGAUUCCGCUCCGGCGCUGCUCCGCACCACCGCGCCUUCGAUAGUCCCCCGCAUCGCUCUCCCGGCAGGGGCGGAGGAUUCCGGCCGAUGGGCGCCGAGGGUCCCGCGGAAUUCGGAUUCAACGGCCACCAGGCGCCACCGCCGCUCGCUGGCCAGAAACGAGGGUUUCCUUUCUCCGGACGCGGUGGUGGUUCGCCCGAUCGUUUAGAUGGUGGAAGUUUUGCCAAACUUUUUGUCGGAUCUGUUCCCCGAACAGCCUCUGAAGAAGAUAUUCGCCCUUUGUUUGAGGAACAUGGGAACGUGAUUGAGGUUGCCCUCAUCAAAGAUAAAAAGACAGGACAGCAUCAAGGUUGUUGUUUCAUAAAAUAUGCUACCUCAGAAGAAGCUGAUCAGGCAAUUAGAGCAUUGCACAAUCAGCAUACUCUUCCUGGAGGUGUUGGUCCAAUCCAAGUGCGAUAUGCUGAUGGUGAACGGGAACGCCUCGGUGCUGUUGAGUACAAAUUAUUUGUGGGCUCUCUGAACAAACAGGCUACCGUAAAGGAAGUUGAGGAAAUUUUCUCAAAAUAUGGCCGGGUUGAAGAUGUUUAUCUUAUGCGUGAUGAGAAGAAACAAAGUCGUGGAUGUGGUUUUGUUAAAUACUCACACAGAGAUAUGGCUCUGGCAGCAAUUAAUGCGCUUAAUGGAAUCUACACAAUGAGAGGUUGUGAGCAGCCACUUAUUGUCCGGUUUGCUGAUCCUAAAAGGCCUCGCCAAGGAGAUUCCAGGGGUCUUGCUUUUGGAGGCCCAGGAUUUGGUCCUAGAUUUGAUGCACCAGGCACAAGACAUCCAUCCAAUAUUACGGAUCCUAUUGGUGAUCGUAUGCCUCCCCCUAAUGCUUGGCGUCCCAUGCAUCCGCCAAAUGUGGGGCCACCUUCUAAUGCUGGUCUUCAGGGCAUGGGGCCACCGUUGAUUUCAAGAUCUGGUGACAUGGCAUUGCCUACAAAUGCGGGCGGUCCUAUGACUAGCUUGGGAGGCCCCAUAGAUGGUCGUUUUCAAGUUCAGUCUAUGCCGAUGUCACAACAGAAUUUCAAUCAGCCCAUGCCACAAAUUCCACCAGUCAAUCAACAAAUAUCACCAUUGCAGAAACCUGUUCAGUCAUCCCAGGAACUGCCACAUUCCCACCAGUUAUACCCUCAAGCACCAGUUCCCUAUCCACAAACAUCUCUUAGGCAGCAUGCCCAGCCACAACUUCCUCUUCCAUCUCAGCAGGUACAUGGAGUAAGUGGACAGUUUCCAACUUCUCAGCCCCAAACUCAACAGAGUGCUUUGUCUGCUGCAAUUCCUCAGACCAAUCUUGAAACCGGCAUGCAAUCUAAUGCUGCACUAACUACUCCAAAUCAACAGCAAGUUCCUCCCUCUGUGCAGCAGCAGCCACUUCAGCAAUCCCCUUCUCCGUUAGCUCAGAUGUUGUCACAACAAACACAGACUUUGCAAGCAAGCUUUCAUUCAUCUCAGCAGGCCUUCUCCCAGCUUCAACAACAAUUACAAAUGAUGCAACCUUCUAGUCAAGCAUUAACAUUCCAGCAAAAUGCAGAAGCUACCAAAAAGCAGUCUCAAUGGGCUGGGCCUGGGACUGCUGUAGCACAAGCAGUGGCCAGCACUCGUGCAGCUGCACCUGCUGCAGAUGUGCCUUCAUCCACACCUGCUAAUUCUGCCUUACCAGCAAUAAACCAGAACAUGGCUCUUGUCAAAUGUAAUUGGACAGAACAUAUAUCUCCUGAGGGCUUCAAGUACUACUAUAAUAGUGUCACUGGUGAAAGUCGGUGGGAGAAACCUGAGGAGUUGGUAUUAUAUGAACAGAAAAAGCAACAGCAAAGGCCAUCUGUUCAGCAGUCUCAAACUCAGUCACAACCUUCAAUACUACCUGCCCAGCAAGUUCCCCAAAUCCAACAUGUUCAGCCCCAAAGUCAUCUCCAAGGACAAGUUCUCCACCAGCAACAAAUACAGCAUCCUUCUUCUUUGUCUUCUUCGUUCCAGGCAUAUGGAGUUACGGGCCCUCAAAAUGUUCAGGAAGUGGGAUAUAAACAGUUACAGGCAUCGGUUAUUUCUGCUGGUGAUCCAGGACGCUACUCACAGGGUAUUCAUUCUACACAAGAAUUGAUGUGGAAAAAUAAGCCUGCAGGAGUUUGAACUUUGAUGGGUUGAGCUUGAGGCGGCUAAUACAGAUGUCACAGCUUCAAAAGGUAGGGACAACCAUCUUCAUUUUGAUGCUUCAAAAAGGUAGGGGACUACCGUCUUCAUUUUGAUCCCAUGUGACAUGUAACAAUUUAUUUGCAUUGGCGAGUUAUUUUGGCCCUCGUUGUCGAGGUUUCACUAUCUGGCUCAGCACUAAGGAUGUGGGAUUCAAAAUACAUGGCAGGGGAAAUGCCCUACCCAGAUCGUUCUGUCCCAUAAUAUUUGCUUAAAUAUAAAUUUUAACCAUUAAUUUUAGGGACACAUCUUACAAAAUUUUUAGGUGCUUGCA